GGAUGUAUUGGUGUAGUAGAACUAUUCUGUAUACUACAUCAUACACAAACAUUUUAAUUACCUUUUACAUUGUCAUUGUCAACCUGUUUACUAGUUUUAAACCUUCUGACGCUAAGGUACACCCCGGAUCGACUGCAGCAAAAGGGUAUUGUACUUGAAUGCAAAUUCUACACCUGAUAGCAGGCGUGAUACUGUAUAAGAAUGAGUUAGUGCGUGUGUCUCAGAGAUUCGCUAUACAUCUCUCUCUCUCUCUCUCUCUCUCUCUCUCUCUCUCUCUCUCUCUCUCUCUCUCUCUCUCUCUCUCUCUCCUCGACUCAGUUGGACAGUGAGUUUGUUCAGGAAUGGGAUUUUUUGUAGGGUUUUUUUUGUGAUGUGAUGUGAUCUUUAAUAAAAUGCAAGCGAUCGGGAUUUUAAUGCCAGCGAGAGCAGAGCGCGCAGGAAUCUAAUUUUGUCUGAAUGUCCACCUCGCUGCUGGAUGUGGAUUUUCAGAUUGCUUCGUGAAUAUACACGCUAAACUGGGAUUCGAGGUUGAUUAGGGAAUAAGGAAACCAAUGAACAUGACUUCUGUGUCUGGAAAUAAGGACAGGGCUGCUGUGUCAGCCAGAAACCGAAAAUAUGGGAUGACAGAGGCUUUAUCUCCGACCAAGUCUGCCUCCUUCUCUCCGGAGACCUGGUAUAGGAAAGCUUAUGAAGAAACCCGAACCGGCAACCGCCCAGCCCCCGAAGGAGCUGGAUCAAUCCCGGGCUCGUCUGGAACACCGUCCCCAGGGUCUGGCACUUCUUCCCCGGGAUCCUUUACCAGCUCCCCCGGCCCCACUUCCCCCGGAAUUGGAACGGGCUCCCCUGGAUCUUUGGGCGGGUCCCCCGGGUUCGGCACUGGAUCUCCGGGCUCCGGCAGCGGGAGCUCCCCUGGAUCAGACCGAGGGAUCUGGUGUGAGAACUGCAAUGCAAAGCUGGUGGAGUUAAAGGGACAGGCACUGAAAUUACUGAUCCCAGGACCCUUCUCUAGCAAGGACCCUUCAUUCUCUGCCCUGAUUCACGACAAGCUCCAAGUCCCCAACACCACCCGCAAGGCCUGGAACGAGAAGGACAGCCGCUGUGACGUCUGCGCCACCCACCUGAACCAGCUGAAGGAGGAGGCCAUUCAGAUGGUGCUGACGCUAGAGCAGGCCGCCGCCCUGGAGCAACGCGACACCUCGCCAGGGUCACCCCCUCCCUCCAACAUGCCCUCGCUAGGGGGCUCCCGCAGCAUGUGCGGCCUGCAGGGACCUCGGGACUGGUCCUUCAUCCCAGCCUCCUACACCAGCCCUGGCUACAUGAGCUUCCAGCCCGGCAAGCACUCCAGCAAACCCAAUAGCCUGGGCAUCGAGAAGAAGAACGGUUCACCCGGGCAUGCUGGGAAAGCAAGCAGCCCAGGCAACGGCAACAUCCUGGGCUCGGGCCCCAUUCAGGCACACCAGUAUCUGGACGGGACCUGGUCUAUGUCAAGAGCCAAUGGGGUGACCCUUUACCCUUAUCAAAUUUCUCAAGUGGUGACGGAGAAGUGCCGGGAGGGCUUGAGCGAGGCUGUUCUGAACCGGCACAAUGCAGACAGGCCCUCGCAGUGCAGCUUCUCCGGUUCACAGAACAGCUAUGUCUCCAGGGUGCCCUCCAGUGGAACCUCCGCCGCUGCCUCCUUCUUUGCCAGAGCUGCCCAGAAGCUGAAUCUGUCCUCCAAAAAGAAGAAACAUCGUCCAUCUCCAUCCUACGUGUGUGACCCCCCUCUCUUCCCCACCAACUUCAGUGCGAUUCUGCAGAGCUCUCCCCCGCCGGCACCGCCAUGCCUGCUGCGAGCCGUCAACAAAGUCAAGGACAACCCGGGACUGGGAAAGGUGAAAGUCAUGCUGCGAAUAUGCCCAGCCCCAGCAGGGGUCACUUCAGAGUCCAGUUCCUUCUUGAAAGUCGACCCCCGUAAAAAGCAGAUCACCCUGUUUGACCCAGCCACCAACGGCCCCCAGAAUACUACACGGGGCAGCCAGGUGCCACCGAAGAUGUUCGCCUUUGAUGCUGUCUUCCCACAUGAUGCCUCGCAGGCUGAAGUGAGCGCCGGCACGGUGGCGGAGGUCAUCCAGUCAGUGGCGGACGGUGCGGACGGCUGUGUGUUCUGCUUCGGACACACCAAGCUCGGAAAGUCAUACACCAUGAUGGGAAAAGAUGACUCCAUGCAGACCCUUGGAAUCAUCCCCUGCUCCAUAUCCUGGCUCUUCAAGCUGAUAAACGAGAGGAAGGAGAAGACUGGCGCACGCUUCUCAGUCCGAGCCUCUGCUGUUGAGGUCUGGGGGAAAGACGAAAAGCUCAAGGACCUGCUGUCAGAGGUGGCUACAGGCAGUCUCCAGGACGGCCAGUCUCCAGGAGUCUACCUCUGUGAGGACCCCAUCUGUGGCAUGCAGCUUCAGAACCAGAGUGAGCUCCGAGCCCCUACUGCGGAGAAGGCAGCUUUCUUCCUCGACGCCGCCAUUGCCUCCCGCCGCAGCAGCAAGCCGGACUGCGACGAAGAGGAGCAGCGCAACUCCCACAUGCUCUUCACCCUGCACGUCUACCAGUACCGCAUGGACAAGAGCGGCAAGGGAGGCAUGUCUGGGGGGCGCAGCCGCCUGCACCUCAUCGACCUGGGCAGCUGUGUGAAGGCGCUGGGCAAGAGCCGGGACAGUGGGGCUGGACUGUGCCUGUCACUGUCAGCACUGGGGAAUGUGAUCCUCGCCCUCGUCAAUGGCAGCAAGCACAUCCCAUACAAGGAGAGCAAGCUCACUAUGCUGCUUCGUGAGUCUCUGGGAAACAUGAACUGCCGCACUACCAUGAUUGCGCACAUCUCAGCAAUCGCAAGCAACUUCACAGAGACGCUUUCCACCAUCCAGAUUGCAUCCCGAGUGCUGAGGAUGAAGAAAAAGAAGACUAAGUAUACCUCCAGCUCUUCUGGUGGUGAGAGUUCCUGUGAAGAAGGGAGAAUGCGCCGGCCCACCCAGCUGAGGACAUUCCACUCGAGGAACGUGGUCGACCCCGACCUCCCUCUCCUGCACCUGUCCAGCGAUCCUGACUACUCCUCCAGCAGCGAGCAGUCCUGUGACACUGUCAUCUACGUGGGCCCCAACGGCUCUGCCCUUUCAGACAAGGAACUGACCGACAACGAAGGGCCUCCAGAUUCCGUGCCCAUAAUCCCCUCUCUGCAGAAAAACAAGUGUGAGCCAGGGAAGCAGCAGCCGCAAGAAGAAAAGGCUGAGAAUGCAGGAGGCAAGGACUGCCUGAAAUGUAACACCUUUGCGGAACUACAGGAGAGGCUAGAGUGCAUUGAUGGCAGUGAGGAGGUCAGCAAAUUCCCCUUUGAAGAGGUUCCUGCACAAUAUACUGCAAACCAAUUGCCAAAGUAUGAGCCAGUGCAAACACAAGGGGCAGGGCCUCAGGUGGUAUCAGAAGCUCACAUAACUGAACAGCAGCAGAUGAAAGAGUUUGUGGAGAAUGGCAAUGUUGCUCAAAGCAAUGUCCAGAGCAUGUCUGCCAUCAUCUGUCCCAAUGGAAACCAUUCUGAUCUAGCCUCAAGCAGGAGUGUCACAGGAAGUUGCAGCAUGCAGGCUAGCUCCUUACAGAGGGCUCAGAGUUCCACCCUACACAGCAGCAAGGAAUCUCUGAACACUAACAGCUCUGGAGAAACAAAACCAAGGCCCAUGGGAUCUCCCAGACUGGGCAUUGCCAGCCUAACCAAGACAUCUGAGUACAAGCUUCCCUCUUCACCAUCUCAGAGAUGUAAGGUGUACACACAGAAGGGAGUACUGCCCUGCCCAGCCCCACUGCCACCCCAAGGUUUGGGCAAGGAAAAUGGUAAAUCCUCUACCGAGUCUUUGCUGGAGACUGAAGUCAGGACUUCCCCCGUGGGUAUGAGUCCCCAGGUCAUAAAGAAGUCUGCUGCUCCCAUAAGUGGAAGCUCUGCUGAGACAACCUUCUCAGAAAAUCAGCAGUCUCUGCCAGAGACCAAGAAGGUCCAAAGUACCACCACAGUGACAGUUCAGCAGCCCCUGGAGCUGAAUGGGGAAGACGAGCUGGUCUUCACGCUGGUGGAAGAGCUGACAAUCAGUGGCAUGCUGGAAAAUGGACGACCCACGAGCAUAAUCAGCUUUAACAGUGACUGCUCUGUCCAGGCCAUGGCCUCUGACUCACGGCCUGUCAGUAUCAUCAGUAGCAUCAGUGAAGACCCUGAGAGCUACAACAGUGUUGCCACUUCCACCACUGCUACCAUUUCUGAGGUCAGCAUCACAAAGUUCCUGCCAGUCCCCAAAGGUGAAGGGGAAACCUUGACCACAAAUAUCCGCCGUUCCUCCAUCAGCUCCUGGCUCAGUGAGAUGAGCACAGGCAGUGAUGGAGAGCAGUCCUGUCAUAGUUUUGUCGCCCAGCCAUGUUACGGGCAAGGAGAGUCCCUGGCUGAACCUCAUCUGACUGAUUUCCAAGAAGGAAUUCAGGACGAAUGCCUUCUCUACCUGAACAGGGCAAAGAACUCAGUUGCUGACAACCUAUUUACUGUUGCCGAAAAGGCUGCUGAGAAGAGCUGCCCCAACAAGUCUUCCCCGCUAAAAAACUGUCAAAUAUCAACUUUGGGCAAAACUACAGUCACCAUCUCUAAUGUGUCAAGCUUGGGUGUCUCAGAUGUCUACAUGCCCAUCAAGACCAACGUCACUGUUCAUCCCUGCAUCGCAGUCAACCCAAGGGUCCUGCAGGAUCUUGCUCAAGUCAACCCAGCCAUUAACGUCCCUCAAACUGUGGAUAACAAAGUGGCAGUAGUCACUAUCUCCAAUUACAUCAAUUUUGAUGAUCCCUGGCUUAAAAGAGAAGAUGAGGACACGAAAGCUGUAGAUGUUAUAUGCGAGGCCAAACGAGAAAAAAGGUCCUCUGAUCCAGUAAAGGUGUGGAACUCAGCUGACCGAUUCAGUUCCAGUAGUGGGAAGGCAGCCAACUCCCCUGUAUAUUCUGACAGCCUGAGGAGGGUGGUUGAUGGGUGCGAGAUGGCCUUGUCCUGUUCUGGUAGCCAGAGUCCCAUUUAUUCCUAUGCGGUCCUUGGGACAGGAAGCCUGCCCAGGGGAUGGCACCGCUUGAACAGACAAGACGAUCCUGAAGAUACCUCCCUUGGGUUCUUGGGUGCUGAGUGUAGUGGUAUAGGGGUUGCCACCUCAACCCCUUGCAGCCCAAGGGCCACUCUGGAAAGGAGAGCAGUUUCAGCCAAGCCAAAAGGAAUUCCACCUCUGCCUCCAGUUAGAAAAUCCAGCCUGGACCAGAGGAACAGAGCAAGCCCUCUGCACAACACAAGCAGCAGCAGCCAGAGCCAAACACUCUCAUUCAUGGGCAGCAUUCCUGAUGAUCUGGGCAGCAAUGGGAAGCUGAAAGGUCCCAACAUUGAAAGUAGCAGCAAGCUCUUCAGUGCCAAGCUGGAGCAACUUGCCAACCGGACCAACUCCCUGGGGAGGUCUCAUACCGGGCACUACAACUGCCUGUCCUUGGAGAGGGCUGAAAGCCUGACUUCAGUUGGCUCAAAGAGCAUCUUUGGAAGGGACAGCACCAUGCCCAGGGCUGGCCAGAGCUUGAGUCGUGCCUCCGUGUCCUCACCCACUGGUCCCAGUGGUGCCAACGCCACCCCUCAGUCGCCCAAGGCAACCCAGUCCAAGAUCUCAGCUGUCAGUAAGCUUCUCCUAGCCAGCCCCAAAGCCAGAAGCAUGUCAGCUUCCAGCACCAAAACACUGAGCUUUUCCACCAAAUCCCUCCCUCAGUCUGUCAACAGGAGCUCCAGCUUACCACCCAAUGGCAAAAAUCAGAUCUCCUGGUCGACCCAGUCCCUGUGCAGGAACCGGGGCUCAGGGCUGGUUUCCAAACUGCCCCUGAGGGCUGUGAACGGGCGGAUCUCGGAGCUGCUCCAGGGAAGUGGUGCAUCUCGUGCCAGCCAUGUACGAGGGGCAUCGGACUCCGAGGAGAGAGGUGGGCUUCCUGGAGAUGAGAAGCCUGUUGUUCACACACUGCCUUCCCCCUACAGCAAGAUCACAGCCCCACGCAAGCCUCACCGCUGCAGCAGCGGCCAUGGCAGUGACAACAGCAGUGUUCUAAGUGGGGAGCUCCCGCCAGCCAUGGGGAAAACAGCCUUAUUCUACCACAGUGGGGGCAGCAGUGGCUAUGAGAGCAUGAUUCGGGACAGUGAGGCAACUGGAAGUGCCUCGUCUGCCCAGGACUCCAUGAGCGAGAACAGCAGCUCAGCUAGUGGCCGAAGAAGCCUCAAAAACCCGAAGAAAAGAAAUAAUACCGGGACUCAGAGGCGUCGCUUGAUCUCGACUCUGUCCCUCGAUGCAACCUCACCAGUCCGGAAGCCUGCCAACAGCCCUGGGGUACGCUGGGUAGACGGGCCAUUGCGGCCUGCACAGAGAGGGCCGACUGAACCCUUUGAGAUCAAAGUAUACGAAAUAGAUGAUGUGGAACGACUCCAGAAGAGGAGAGGGGCAGGCAACCGGGAAGUGGUAUACUUCAGUGCCAAGCUGAAGAUUCUGGAGAACAGACAGCAGAGAAUCACUGAGGUUCGAGCCAGAUAUGAGUGGCUUAAGAAGGAACUGGAGGCGACCAAACAGCACCUGAUGCUUGAACCUGAGAAAUGGACCAGCGAAUUUGAUCUGCAGCAGACAUUCGAGGUGGAUUCCCUGGAGUAUCUGGAAGCCCUGGAGUGCGUUACGGAGCGUCUCGAGAGUCGUGUCAACUUCUGCAAGGAACAUCUCAUGAUGAUCACCUGCUUCGACGUCACUUCCAGGCACCGAUGAGGGGAAGGACGGCAGGAAUGCACAGAGAGAGUAUGAAGAGUGGAAUUACUGGGGCAGAAGAAAGAUGUGUGUGAUCUGAGGAUGUAGAAUCUCCUGCAAGACUGAAAGAGCACUUUAGAGGAGUUUUUGAGUUGAUUGUAAACAUGGUUUGCUUGCUUGAAAGGAAUUGUGGAUGAUGGACUGCUAACAGAGAAGCCGGCAAAUGAAGAAAAAAAAAAUAAGGACUACAAGUGCCUUGCCAAGAUUUAAAUUUCCAAACAUUUCCGUAUUUGUGUACAGAUGGUUCUAGCUUAUAAAAAAAACAAGAAAAAAUAGAACUAAAUAUUGCGACUUGUUUCACUUGGUGUUUUAUCCUUCUUCUGACUUGCUGUUUCUCAGUAGUUUGUAUUUGUAUUGUUAUAUACUAGUCAGAAAGCAGCAUAUUAACUGUUGUGUCUUCUUUUUUACUUUUUAACUGUUAAAGCGUAAGGCCACUCAGAGUCAAUGUGCAGUUUUGGAGAGACAAUGUGCAGUUUUGGAGAGUCAGUGUGCAGUUUCGGAGAGUCGGUGUGCAGUUUCGGAGAGUCAGUGUGCAGUUUCAGAGAGUCAGUGUGCAGUUUCAGAGAGUCAGUGUGCAGUUUCAGAGAGUCAGCGUGCAGUUUCGGAGAGUCAGCGUGCAGUUUCGGAGAGUCAGCGUGCAGUUUCGGAGAGUCUUGUCUGUUGGCUGACCUGAGCAGUUGCUUGUCCUGAAGCCAAGCCCCCCAGGACUGAACCUGAUCCCCUGCUCUACAAGGGAGGUAGAAUCGGGCUUGAUUAGCCAUAAAGGAGAUAGGGGGUGGAAAAAAAAACAAGCGAGUAUUUGACCAUCUUAUUUUAUUGAAUUGUUUUAUUUUGAAAUGAGUUGAACAUUUGGAGGAAGAACGAAUCAAACUUGAGACUUGUAAAAUGAGUCAGAUCAAAGUCCAACACUUCACAUGCUGCGUGUUUCAGUCAACACUGACCAUCGCAAUCCAACACAAAUCCAACAAUCGCUGUACAUAAAUAAAAAAAAAGAUGUUUUGGUCAAUUCAAAAUGGGGUCUGUAUUGGUUCCAUCAGUGGUUCCCAUUUUAAAAAGUGGAUGAGCCUUAGGAAAUAGAAAAUGGGCGGUUAACUUCAUCACCUUGUCAUUGUUUUCAGGAACCUCUUCUUCCCUUUGCAAGUAGCAUGCAAAGACUGCCCCUGAUUACUCUGCAGAUGCAACUCUCAGUAAGAGCCUCUAUUUGUGUAGGAAGUUUAGGGGUUUUAAUGAUCCACAGAGGUACUUCAAUCUCCAAUCAAACACAUAUUCUCAAACAAGCCAAUGUAAGUAGACACUGUAUAAACUAGAUGCAAACUGUCAGCAGCAACAAUUCACGUAAACCCUCCCUUUUAUUUGCAUACAGUUCAUUUGAGAUAAUUGUGAUAUGUACAUUUCACUUUCUUAAAUGGCUGCUAAUUGAUUUGUCCUGAACAUUACGCAAUGCAACAGUAUUUAUAAGACACAUGAAUAUCCUUCUCUCUUUCCAAAGCUGCAUUAGAAAACACAUUGGUUUUGUGUGGUCUUACUCAGUGGUGCAUAAAGUUUAUUAAUAUUUCUUAAUAUCUGGUGCUUGAGGCAGUUUCAGCUCUACAUGUUUAUAUAAAGCUUGUUUUCUAUGCUAAAUGAACCCACCUGCAGCCAUCCUCACCCCCAUUCCCCACAGCUGAAGCUGCUGUAACAAACACACCCACCCUUAUUAUAGUAAUGUAUGAAGGAUAGCAUUUAUUUGUAAACUCAGGAGAGUUGCUUGUAUUUUAUAAUUUAUUUACAUAUCAUGGUUUGCAAAGUGCUCUGCAUUGAAAACUGUACAGCUGCCGAGCCCAUUUCAUAUCUAUAAAUAUAUAUAAAUACAGUAUUAUUAUUAUUAUUAUUAUUAUUAUUAUUAUUAUUAUUAUUAUUAUUAUUAUUAUUAUUAUCAUUAUCAUAAUCAUAAUCUGCCACUGAACCCUAUUGCAAGAUGGCUGAUCACAGCUGACCAGUACAAGCCUGUGCUAAUUGAUUUAGACUGCUGGAACCUGUGAGCUGCCAUGUGACUUGUAAAACCGAAUCUUACUACAAAUCAACAGCUCUCUUAGCACCAUAUAACCAUUGUUUUAGUGGCUUCAGAAAGCCUCAUAGUGCAGCUCCUUUGCAACGGGAGAAACAAGGGAUGAAUUAGCAUGUACACACCAGUCAACUUGUCCCAAGCACUGCAGCACCCAGCAGUGAUGUGGUCUCUUUGGGAACAAGCCUCAAAAUGUCUUUGACUGAGCUGGUUUUCACUGCUGCCAAGUUAAACCUAAACAUGUUAGAAACACAGGCUACUAAAUUAAUGGUUUUGAAAUAUCAAUUUUAUAAAUUCAAUUUCCCAUUCUUCUCCAAAUCUAUACUACCUACAAAAUAACGGGGUGCUUCUUCAAAGACUUCAUCAGUCCUUGAUCAGGUUCAGCUUUCCAAUACGGUUCAUGAAUGUUUUCAGUCACAUGAUCUUUGUACAGAUAUGUGUAUGAUAGUCAAUUUAUGUAGCCUGUUCUUGUGAAUAAACAGUAUAUUUUACACCA